GCAACAUUUUUUUGGAUAAAAUAGACUGUGAGCACUUGAUUCUCUGUGUGUCUGUGCUCUGCACGUUUGUGUUCAUCAGAAUGCACCACUGAUCACCCGUGCCUGGGUUUACAUCGGCAUGCCAACUUCAGACAUUUUGGGAUGGCUCUGCUCACGCUUUACCAAGUGUGCACCGGUGACAACUGGAAUGGGAUUAUGAAAGACACACUGAGGGAGUGUCGUCCUGACGAUGAAGGCUGUUUGAGCUACCUGUCAUGGGCCUCCCCGAUCUACUUCACCAGCUUUGUGAUCAUGGCCCAGUUUGUGCUGGUAAACCUGGUGGUGGCAGCAAUCAUGCAAGCUCUGGAGGACAGCAAUGAGAACAAGCCUACUAACUUCUGUCUCCCCCUGGAGGAGGAAAACGCACAGGAUGCUGACCAGGACCUGUUGUCUUCAGGGGAGAGCAGCGAGUCCAACUCCUGCAGAAACGUCGACGCAGAGAGAUCCUCAGAGUAA